AUGGAAAUGGAGCGUUUCGUCUCUUUAGUGCGUCUCGUAAAAUAUCCUGGUGACACGCCUUCGCGGUUGGGAGACCUGUGCGUUUCCGAGUCACUGAAGUACUGCAUUUGUGUGAUUGCUCAUGUAACUGCCAUAAAAAUGCCAACACUUCACCGACAUGAAGAAGAGAAAUUCUUCAUAAAUGCCGAAGGCAGGAAAGAAUCUGUUCCAAGUAUACAUGAUCCCCCUACAAAGGAACUCUCUGUUGUUGUGCCUUCGUACAAUGAGGAAGACCGGUUGCCUUUUAUGAUGGAUGAAGCUUUGGAUUAUCUAGAAAAAAGACAGAAACGAGAUCCUUCCUUCACUUACGAAGUAAUAGUGGUUGAUGAUGGUAGUAAAGAUCAAACCACAAAGGUUGCAAUGAAGUACUGCAAGAAGUAUGGAAGCGACAAAGUGCGAGUGCUUUCUUUGGUAAAAAAUCGAGGGAAAGGAGGAGCAGUCAGGAUGGGUGUCUUUAGUUCUCGGGGGAGAAAAAUUCUUAUGGCUGAUGCAGAUGGAGCUACAAAAUUUCCAGAUAUUGAAAAAGUAGAAGAAGGUCUAAAAAAUCUUCAGCCAUGGCCUAACCAGAUGGCUAUUUCCUGUGGUUCUAGAGCUCAUCUGGAGAAGGACUCAAUAGCAAAGCGCUCUUACUUCCGAACUCUUCUGAUGUACGGGUUCCACUUCCUCGUGUGGUUUCUCUGUGUCAAAGAGAUCAGGGACACGCAGUGCGGAUUUAAACUUUUAACCAGAGAAGCUGCCUUGCGGACUUUCUCAACGCUUCAUAUAGAACGCUGGGCGUUUGAUGUGGAACUUCUUUAUAUAGCUCAGCGCUUGAGAAUACCUAUAGCAGAAGUUGCUGUCAACUGGACUGAAAUUGAAGGUUCUAAGUUAGUUCCCUUUUGGAGCUGGCUGCAGAUGGGCAGGGAUCUUCUUUUUAUACGACUGCGAUAUAUGACUGGUGCCUGGCAGCUAGAAACAAGAAAAUGUAAUUAG